AUGUCCUCUAGCAAUGAUACGACGGAGGACAAAAGGGAACCUCUCAUGAGCGACAACAGAGACGACCCAAUUCUCCCUGUCAGCAAUGUCCCUACCCCCACACGGCCGACGAUACCUUCCGCUGCUUAUGUCAUAGUCUGGAUCGCCUUGAGUGGGAGCGUCAUUCUUUUCAACAAGAAGAUAUUAGACAAAGAAAAGGGUCUUAAUUUUCCCUUCCCGAUUUUCCUUACGACAUGGCAUCUGGUGUUUGCAACAAUUAUGACACAGGUUCUCGCGAGAACAUCAAGCCUCCUUGAUGGCCUUAAGACCGUCAAAAUGACUGGCAAGGUUUACUUGAGGGCGGUUGUGCCGAUUGGUUUCUUCUUCAGCCUGAGCUUGAUCUGUAGCAACCAGGCAUACCUCUACCUCAGCGUCUCAUUCAUUCAAAUGCUGAAGGCUACGACUCCAGUUGCUGUCCUUCUGGCGGGCUGGGCCCUUGGAAAGGACCGGCCGACUAGUAAGACGUUCGGAAAUGUCUCUAUCAUAGUUCUCGGUGUCGUUAUUGCUUCGUACGGUGAAAUCAAGUUUGUGAUGGUUGGGUUUAUCUUCCAAGCCCUCGGUGUCGCCUUCGAAGCCACCAGGCUCGCCAUGGUUGAGAAGCUCCUCAAUUCACCGGAGUACAAGAUGGACCCAUUGGUGUCUCUCUACUACUUUGCUCCUGUCUGCGCUGCCAUGAAUUUUGUUAUUUUCCUAUCCUUGGAAGCCAGCACUAUCACACUUGAUGAUAUUUUCCGAGUUGGACCAUUUGUCCUCGUGAUUAAUGCCCUAGUAGCCUUUGCACUGAACGUCAGCGUUGUUUUCCUGAUCGGAAAAACCUCAUCCCUCGUUCUCACACUCUGUGGUGUCCUGAAGGAUAUUCUCCUAGUUAUUAUCUCCGUAGCAUGGAUUCAUGACCCCGUCAAGCCACUCCAGAUCUUUGGCUAUUCAAUCGCUUUGGGAGGGUUGGUCUACUAUAAACUUGGAGCCGACAAAAUCAAGGAGCACUACGGCAGACUUUCUAAGGAAGGCGCCCUCCGGUGGAACGAGUACGGAACAAAGUAUCCAGCUUACCGGAAAGCUGCCGUUUUCGGAGUCUGCGCAUUUUUCGUUCUUGUUAUUUUCUUUUCGUACAGCAAUGCCGGUACUGCUGAGAUCUCCGGACAGGUCGAUGCCGUCGUCAGGGCUGGGGUCAACCAUAUCCAUUCGAAACGCGGGCUUGAAACCGUGAUGUCCUUUUUCUAG